CGAUUCGCUGUUGGCUGAGCGGGCGGGUUCCCGGUGCAGGUAAUGGAGGAGGAGCGGUGAAGGAGCAGGUGACCCAAUGGAUGAGACGGAGAUCAGGAGACUUGCAGUCGGACAUGUGCUGAGCGUCUUGGCUGUGAUAUUUUCGCUAUGUGUCCCACCACUCUUCCUCGAUCACUUCUCCGUCCUAGGAACACAUCUCACAUGGCUGUGCUUCUGCUCCGUCUGUGUCAUAGCGGUUAAUACUUUAUUACUUCUAACACUGAAACCAAACCCUUCAACCAAAAGAAGCUCUCUUUCACACAAGGUUAAUAAACUGUACCGAUCCUGCCUAUAUUUCUUUGCUUCCUGUCUGCUAUUUCAUGGGAUUAUAGUUUUGUACGGUGCACCUCUUGUAGAAUCAGUGGGGGAAACCUUUUUAUUUGCAGUUUUGUUAGCAUCCUUCACAACGUCACGCUGUCUGUUCAUUCUUGGACCAAAUUUCCAUGCUUGGGUCAGAGUGUUCAGUAAAGAUGGGGCAAUGUCAGUCUGGGAUCAUAGUCUUCAGAUCACAACCAUCUGCAGUGUGGUCGGGGCCUGGUUGGGGGCCUUUCCUAUUCCUUUAGACUGGGACAGACCUUGGCAGGUGUGGCCCAUCUCUUGCUCUUUGGGCGCCACUUUUGGCUAUGUAGCCAGUCUAUUCCUGGCGCCAUUCUGGAUUUACUGGAACCGGAAACAACUCACAUACAAACGAAGAUAGCAGGGACGGGCGGAUGAUGUGAGCUUCUGUGCAAUGAAACUCAGGCCACCUUAUCAAGUGCUGCCCCCAUAAGAGACACUUGUAACCUCCAUAGAAAUAUUACCCUGAGAAAUGGCAUCGCUGAACAAUCAUGUCCUCGUUGUGUUGCCACCAAACGUUAUGUUUGCAAAAGCAGGUCAAUAAAAUAUUUUUGUGCA